CGAGGGAAAAAGACUUCCUGGGAGACGAUAAAGAAAAAUUUGGCAUCCGGGGAUCUAGACCAGGUGCGACCCAGGAAGCAGGCAGCCAUGACACAGAAGAGAGGGAUGCCAGGACAACUCCUCGAAGAGAAGGACAAAAGAAGGCGCAACUGGUAACAAAGGAUUCCCAUGGGAUGUCUAUUUACAAGGAAGGGGACAAUCUGAGGAUUUUUCUGAGGGAAUUUGAGGAGUAUGCCUUCAGGAGAUAGUGGAGUACUCGGACCAUGCUUGAACAGGUGGCAGGGAUGGGGGAGUGCAACGAACCAAUAGAACGUAUAGAUGAGAUUGCCUUAGAUUGUCUGGGGUGGAUAUAUUUUAAGGUUGGUGUGUGGGCAAAAUAUGGGGACUUAACAAGAGAUGAGAUCGAAGAUGACAUCAUCUUCGAUGGCACCAACUUGGAGGAUUUCGAGGACAACAUUAACCUUUGCUCAGAGAAAAGGAGGUGGGGUGAAAGAAAGAUGAUGGAGCAAGUGAUGAGGAGGAUAGCACCAAGGGAGUAUGAGGCAAUGAAGAAGAUCAAGGAGGAGUCGGACACCAGGGGGAACUUCCUUGUCAAAAUAAGAAAGGUCUAUCCCUUGGUGAUGCAGAGGCAGAAAAAGAAAGAGAUACUUCAAGAGCAGGGAUUGUGGAUUGGCAAGAGAGGAGAAAGGAAAGAAAGGAGAGCUUAGAUGGAGAAUGUGCGAAAUAUCACAGCUCCUUAGCAGGAGAAUGAUGAGGACAGAGCUCGAGGUGGAAAUGACUCAAUGAAAGAAGACAAAACAGAAGGGGAGGAGCAUGGUGAUAAGGACGUGGAAGGCAGUGGCAAGGCUGAAGAGGUAAAAAAGGAAGACAAGAAGGUGAAGGAAAGAAAGGGAAAGGAGAAGGACAAUGAGAAGGAUGAAAGAGCAGGGUCAUCUGGAGCUGCUGAAGUACCUACUUCCAAUGAACCUCCAAAGGAAUGGGGCACAAAGAGAUAAACAGAGGAAGAGAGGCAGAGAAAACAGAGAGUGGAGGAAUCGGGUUGUGAUCUCGUUAAAAGAAAAUGAGUUGCCCUUAGACGCACCCUGGGGCCAGAAGAUGGAAAGGAUAAUACUCUCUACGACCGUGAUCAGUUCCAAACUAGAAAUUGAUAUAGACAGGUUGAUCCGGUUGCACGAGCUACUCAGGGAAAAUUGUGAGUCAAUCCUUGAGGAUGAGGCAGAAGUGGAUGGCAGGUUGAGAAAAGUGGAAGAAGAAAGGAGAAGGGAAUAAGAAGUUCACAUUCAGAAACUUCAGGAAAGGAUGAAGGAAAAGACAGAGCUACUCACACAGGGAGUAACAAGCCAUGUCCCCGCGAUCCUGGAGGAAAUUCAGAGGUUGAGAGCGAGAGAAGAAAGAAGGGACAUGCAGUGGACAAAGGUGGAAAAGGAGAUGGAAACUUUGAAGGCUGAGAUGGAAAGGGCAAAGAUUAAGCAAGGAAAUCUGGAGGUGAAGGUAGAGGUACUAAGCACUGCUCUUGACAACAAGAGUAAAGAGGCAGAGAUAAAAAAUGUGGAAAGGGAGAGGCUUGAAAAAGAAAUUGGUAAGUUGGAGGCAAAGGUCAGUGAACAACGAAAGGCAAUUGAAACGGAAAAGAGCGAGAGGAAGCUGGAAAAUGGGAAGUAGGAAAAAAAGUGGAAGAAGGUGGAGAAAGCCUUGAAGAAGUCAACAGGGGAUAUUCAGACAAAGGAUAAGAAUGAGGACAGGAAGGAAGACCUGAGAAUGGAAGAAGAAGAGAAGAGACUUGAUGAUAACAACCAGGACAAGGGGUUGAUGGUAGGAGUUGUCACCUUGCCUGAAAAGGAUGAAACAUCACUGACUGAUAACAAAGUGGGACAGGAGAGGAAGAGAUCUUACCUUGAGACAUUAAUUGGGGCUGCGUCACAGGAUAUCCCAUCAUUUGCAAAGAAAUUAAAGGAAGAGGAGAAAAAAAUAUGUUGAUAUUGUAUGAAGGGAGUCCAUAGGAGGGAUGACUGUCCUGGUCUUAAGACAGAUAGGAUAAAGGGUUAGUUAGCCUGGAUGAGAACAACAGACUCAUCGAUAGGAGAGGGAAUCUGAUUAAGAGAACUAAGGAAGGAUUCAGGGUUCAGUUGUAUGAACAGUUGUGACUCACUUUGGAGGAGUAGAAUAAAACGGUUUUGGAAUC